GUUUGGAAAUGUCAGUGAAUCACAACAACAAUUAAUUUGGAAUUAAAGGUGUGAUUUAUUUUGCAUUUUAAUCAUUUUAAUGAAUGAAAAAACAGUUUUUAUGUGAUUUAAUUGACAUAGAAAGUUCUUUAAGUGAUUUCCAAGCAAUUGAUUGAUAAGAAUGGCCUCAAUGCAGAGAGCUUUUGCACAAAAACUCUCAAAACACCACGCAUCGGAAGUAAGGAAGAAUGUGGCAACGCAUCAAAUCUCCAAUAAGAGCGACACAAGUUCCGUCUGCUCGUCUUCGAUUUCCAUCAAUGAUCAAGUAGAGCCGAUUGAUUACGAGGAUUUCUUAGCGCAGCACUACAGUGUGCUGUGCAGAGACCCAUUGCGGGGAAUUCUGGACUUCCCACAGCAGGAUUUAAAGAUAAAAGUCAUUGAACGGAAGCUGCGGACUCUUGAACACAUUGUCCCCAAGGAAGCAAUAUCUACACUCCCACUGUACGUGCAGCAAUGUGUUGACACCUUCACGAGACCCUGGAAGGUUGUGGAGUUUGCUCAUCGACACUUUUCCAGCUCUUGCUGUGCCCGGGAGCGUCUGGAUAAGGGUGCAUUGAGCCCCAUAUCGCAGCAAGAGUUUGAAAUUGAUAAAGAUUUCAUUUCAUUCGACGAUACUUUGACCUAUCGGAGUGAAAGCUGCACACCGAGUAGUCGUCAAUCCAUUGCGAGUCUCUCAUCGGUAUCCACGUGCACAGACACCCUCACCCCACGUAGCUCUUGGGCGAGCUUUGACCUCCGAAGUUCCGUCAAUGAUCCCCUAAUUCCGGGACUCCUAGAUCGCGUGGCUCCCGAAACAAUUGAUCAGGCAAAUGAGAAUCGUCGUGGGGAGGAUCGUCAGGACGCCCUGUUCAGCCUCUACCCCGAUUCGGACAAUGAGGAUGUCGUUGAACGUCGCCUGCCGGCUGAGAUCCCGAUGGAGCAUCUGGGAAGUCGUUUUAUGGUUAAAUGCCUGCAGUUGAAGCUGGAGCUGGAAGUUGAGCCAAUUUUUGCCUCAAUGGCAAUUUACGAUGCAAAAGAGAAGAAGAAACUCUCGGAGAAUUUCUACUUUGACAUGAAUUCGGAGCAACUCAAGAGGAUGCUGGCAUCUCACGUGCCCUACAGCGAUAUUAGUUCUCAGAGUAGAACAGCUAUUUUCGAAGUAACCAACCCGAGUAAUGAUCUCUUCCUGGUCAUACGCCUCGAGAAGGUUCUUCAGGGGGAUAUUAAGGAUUCAGUGGAGCCGUAUUUGAAGGAGGACAAAGACAAGUAUCGUGACAAAGCCAAAUCAAAUGCUGCUGAUUUCUGUGAGAGACUCGGGAAGUAUCGAAUGCCCUUCGCAUGGACGGGAAUCUACCUUAAUAGCAUCUUCAAUGGUGACAAUGCGGAGAAGGAUGAACGCGACGGGAUGACGACAACUGCCUCAAGUUCAAAUAGUCUCGAUAGAAAAUCUUCAACAAGUAGCUUCGAUCAGCUGCGGAAGAGAGCGAGUGAUAUGGGCACCCUAACACGACGUGGAUCCCUCGAGAGACGCCUGGAGAAACGAAGAUCGUGGUCUCCGGAUGAUUUUGCCAAUAGCAUUGAGACUUUUCGCCCAAUUGCCAUCACCGUUUCGAGCUUCUUCAAGCAGGAAGGCGAUAGAAUGAAGGAUGAGGAUCUCUUUAAGUUUCUUCCGGAACUCAAACGACCCGGAGCAGUUACGAAGAAAUACAAAUGCAUCCCCGGAUCGAUAAAGCUGGAGAUAUCUCCAUGCCCGGAGGAAGUUAAGUGUGCAAUAACGCCGGAAUUGGCAAAACUAGACCCCUAUCCGGAAGACAAAACACGCCCGAUAAAGGAAGUGCUGGAAUUCCCAGCGAUUCCCAUCAUGCAACCCCAUUACUUCUACAGGAAUCUCAUUUUUGUCAACUGCAAAGAGUUGAAUUUCGCCGCUCGUGCUGGUUCUGCACGAAAUAUCGCAAUAAGGGUACAACUAAUGGCUGGGGAGAAGCAAUCUGACGCUGUUAUGGCGAUCUUUGCGAAGAGCUCCUGCCCGGAAUUCACCUCAGAGGUGUACACAGCGGUGAAUUAUCACAACAAAUGCCCCUCGUUCUAUGAUGAAAUUAAAAUAGCUCUACCAGCAAAUCUCAAGCAAAACCAUCAUCUCUUCUUCACGAUUUUCCAUGUUUCGUGUCAGAAGAAGCCGCAGGAGGUUCAAUCAACAGUUGAGACACCCAUUGGGUACACGUGGAUCCCCAUCCUGCAAGAUGGGAAGCUCAGCGUGGGGGAAUUCAAUCUACCAGUGAUGGUGGAAGAGCCACCGGAGAAUUAUUCAUUUAUCCCACCAGAUGUUCAAUUGCCCGGCACUAAGUGGCUCGAUAAUCAUCGUCCGGUGUUCUCACUAACAAUUGAUGCUGUCACAUCCGUUCACACCCUCAAUCCCUACUUGGACAAAUUCAUCACUCUUUGUGAAUAUUUGGAAACAAGAAAAGUUCCCCCGAGAAUUGGGGAAGGAAACAUGGAGAAGGAGAUGAAGAAGGCUCUCCUUGAGAUUCAACUAUCAGACAUUGAGCCUCUUGUGAAGCAUUUGCCAGUUAUAAUGGAUAAACUCCUGGAACUCCUUGUAACGACGUACAAAGUUAGUGGGCAGAUUUUGUCCCUCGCUCCGACUGUCUUUGAAACACUCAUCUCAAUAUCUCAGAAGCUUACGGUUCUUCAGGAUGAUGUCUCUUUGGACAACUUUGGACGUCAUCCACUUUUGAGUACUUACAUCCAGUAUCAAGCCUUUAUUCCGCAUCCCUUAAAUGCUAAAAUGAGAAUGACGUCGAGUAAGAGUGGCGAAGGGUUCAAUAAGAGCAACAGUAUUCCCGAUCUCCAUGUCCCGAGUGAAUUAUCCAGUCGUAGCCUCGAUAGGCCCUUCCUGACGAGGACUGAAUCAAAGGAUAUUUCCCCAUCGGAUGUAACUGGUCGCGAUGGCCAAGUCCGGAUUCUUCAUGAAGAGCUGGCUUUCCGUUGGGUUGUUUCAAGUGGAAGUACUUCGGAUUUAGCCAUGAAUAACUCGUGGAUGUUGUUUGAAUUGAUGAUAAAGUGCAUGAUUGACCAUUUGGACAUUAUGAAUCUCAUGGAUUCCCCGAGGAAGACACGUUUCCCGCAUCAAUUUACGGAUGAUCUCUCAACUCUCGUCCAUUUGGUCACAACGAAAGUCAUUGGGUUCCAUUGCAGUGAAUCCAAAUUUGCUCAAGCUCUCAAUUCGAGUUUGGCUUUCUUCAUUUUUGAUCUGCUAAAUAUAAUGGAUCGGGGAUUUGUCUUUGGACUCAUUAAGACUUACUACAAAGUCAUGACGUCUAAAUUGACUUCAACACCGGAUUUGAUUCACUACAAGUUGGAUUUUUUGCGUAUUGUAUGCAGUCAUGAGCAUUUUGUUGCCCUUAAUUUGCCUUUUGCAACACCGUAUACAACAUUGUCAGCCCCGUGUAGCCCUACACCGAGCAUAACGUCGAAUAACAGUCAGAAUUCCUACGUCAGUGCUGUGCAUGGAAUUGAUAAGACACUUUAUGCUGAGCUUAGUCAUGACUUUAGACAACAACAUUUCCUCGUUGGCCUGGUUUUAGCUGAACUUGCUGCAGUCUUGGAGACAUCAAAUUCAUCUCUUCAUGGAAAAGCAAUAAGAUGUAUUAGAAAUCUUAUGACGUACCAUGAUCUCGAUACGCGGUACGCUGAACCAGCUGCAAAAGCUCGCGUAGCUGCCCUGUAUUUACCUCUCUUGGGCAUUGUCAUGGAUACAAUUAACAAUUUGCACCAGUACAUACCGGAAAGUCACGAUCGUUUCCACAAUAUUGGGAUUCUCGAUGACUACCAAGGCCCACAUGGGAAUAUAAAUUCUCGCACAACGAUUCAUCCAGAGGUGGCUUAUGCAAUUUCCGGGAGUCGCAUGUACUCCUUCUCACCGGAUCCAGUGAAGAAUAAGACGCAAAUGAGUGUGGAGAAUACGCGUCAUCUACUCUCGUGCUUCCUUUGGGUGCUGAAGAAUCUCGAACGGGAUGUUCUGUUCAUUUGGACGCUGGGCCUGGCGCCACAUCGUCUCUAUCAGGUUCUUCAGGUGCUAAACACCUGCUUGCCGUGCUUUGAGUACAAAGGGCACAGGAGGCAGGCAGUGAAGAGGAAUACGCAGAGUUUCCGCAAAACUCCGGAUAUCAAGGAGAGAUUGGAGGAAUGUAUUCGUGGAACGGGAUCGGCAAGGAGUGAAUUCAUGAAUAGGCGCAAAGAUCGCAAUUCGACGGAAAUAUUCCGCUGGAGGAAAGAUCAAAUGCCCUACAGGUCGCAAUUUUAUGAUAUUUCCACAAAGUCUGAGUGCGAAAUGGAAGUUAAUUACUCAAUUGAGGGCUCCUUGGCCACGGAAAUUUGUCUCAUUAUCCUGGAUACGCUUGAGCUCAUUGUUCAGGUGGCAACUUCAUCGGAGAUUCAUCACAAUCUCCUUGGGGUCCUCCUCAAGGUUCUCCUGCAUGCUCUCUCACGCAAUCAGAGCACCCUCGCUCUGAGGAAUCUCUUUGCAACGCAACGAUCACUUAUCUUCAAAUUCCACAAUCUACUCUUUGACGAAGAAACGGACAGUUGUGCGGAUUUGUGUCUUCUCCUGCUGAAGCAUUGUGGGUCGCAGCUCCCGAAUGUGCGCUCACAAGCAGCAGCAUCACUCUACUUACUCAUGAGGCAGAAUUUUGAAAUAGGAAAUAAUUUCGCUCGGGUUAAGAUGCAAGUUACAAUGUCUCUGAGCUCCCUGGUUGGGACAAGUUCAACCUUCAGCGAACAAUCACUGCGGAAGGCUCUCAAAACAAUUCUAGUCUACGCAGAAUCUGAUACAGAACUCCAGGAAACUUCCUUCCCAGAACAGGUUCAAGACUUAUUGUUCAAUUUGCACAUGAUCCUAUCGGAUACGGUUAAGAUGAAGGAGUAUCAGGAGGAUCCGGAAAUGUUGCUUGAUUUGAUGCAUCGCAUUGCAAAGGGUUAUCAGAAUUCCCCGGAUUUGCGACUAACUUGGCUCGAGAAUAUGGCCAAGAAGCACAUGGAACGAGCAAAUCACACUGAAGCAGCCAUGUGCUAUGUACACAGUGCUGCUCUUGUGGCUGAAUACUUGAGUAUGUUGGAGAGUCAGAAGCACCUGCCUGUUGGAGCUGUUUCCUUCAAGCAUAUCUCCCCGAAUACCCUAAUGGAGUCUGCUGUGUCUGAUGAUGUUCUCAAUCCCGGCGAAGAUGGGAUUUGCCUUGGGAAUAGAUUCACAGAAAGUGGUCUAAAGGCGCUUCUGGAGGAAGCGGCAAAUUCCUUCCAAAUUGCCGGGAUGUACGAAGCCAUGAAUGAUGUGUACAAGGUUCUAAUACCAAUUUGCGAAAAUAAUUGCGACUUCCAGAAAUUGGGGAAGAUUCAUGGGAAAUUGCAAGAGGCCUUCAAUCGUGUUGCCCAACUUCAUGGGAAGAGGGUGUUUGGGACGUACUUCCGGGUGGGUUUCUACGGAGCGAAAUUUGGGGAUCUCGAUCAGCAGGAAUUUAUCUACAAAGAACCAACAUUGACUAAACUUCCGGAGAUUUUUAGUCGUCUUCAGAAUUUCUAUUCGGAUCGUUUUGGACCGGAAUGCGUAGAAAUCAUUAAAGAUUCCAACAAUGUGGACAUUAAUAUGCUAGAUCCGGAAAAGGCCUACAUCCAAAUUACCUACGUUGAACCUUAUUUCGAAACAUACGAACUACGUCACCGGGAAACGCAUUUUGAGAGAAAUUUCAACAUAAAGAGAUUUAUCUUUGCAACACCCUUCACAAAGACUGGGAAAGCUCAUGGGGAUCUCCAUGAGCAAUGCAAGAGGAAGACAAUCCUCUCAACGGCUAAUCACUUCCCGUACGUAAAGACGCGAAUUCAGGUGGUUAAUCGCAUGCAAAUUGUCCUGGAACCCAUUGAGGUGGCCAUUGAGGAUAUUCAGAAGAAAACGUUGGAGCUGGCAACGGCAACAAAUCAAGAACCAGCUGAUCCGAAGAUCCUCCAAAUGGUUCUACAGGGUUGCAUUGGGACGACAGUUAAUCAGGGUCCAAUGGAGAUGGCUCUUGUCUUCCUAUCGGGACUUUCGGAUGGCACUGCAGUCCCGUCGAAGCAUCAGAAUAAACUUCGGCUGUGCUUCAAGGAUUUCUCCAAAAAGUGUCAUGAUGCCCUGAAGAAGAAUAAGAAUCUCAUUUUACCCGAUCAGAAGGACUAUCAGAAGGAACUUGAGAGGAAUUAUCAGAGAUUUACGGAGAAAUUGGCUCCUCUCAUUACUCUGAGCCCAAGUCAAGCAGCUGCUGUUACAAAUCCGACGAAUUCUGGGAAAGUAACUCCAAUGAGAUGGUAGACUUAUCUUAUUCACUUCAAGAAUUAUUUGUUUUACGUAUGCAGAACCAAAAAACAAUUCGAUAAGAAUUGUUAACAAAUUUUAUUCUUUUUACUUUAAUUAAAAUUAACUCCAAGUGUUUAGAUAAGUAGUUAACCCUUUAAGGACUGAAAUCGCAAUCAAUGAAGGAAUAAACAGUUCCUGAAAAUUUUAAUCCAAUAAAAAACGUCUUUAAGGAUUCAAAGAAUAAAAAUGGAUCGAAAAAACAACUUCAGCGCCAAACAGGCUUGGCCCGGUCCUGAAGGGGUUAAAUGAUUAUGAGGAUCUCUAAACAGCAAGUAUUUUGAAAACUUUUUAACAUGUUUUUGUAGGCAUUGAUUGAAACAGGAUAAAACUUUAUUUCAUUAAGAACAUAAAGGAGGUUAUUCAUGUCCUUGUUCAUGUCAAUAUAGAUCAAUAUUUUCUUCAAAGAAACGCACAGAACAAUAAUCUCUAAAAAGAUCAUAAAUCAAUCCUAAGGGAAACUAAGAAGAGUUUAAAAAAAUUUUAUAACAUAUAUUUGCCCAAAAAUGACAAAAAUGACGUCAUAAUUUUGAUUUUUCUGUAUAAAUUUCAUGAAAUAUUUCAUCUGUGAGUUUUUAGGGAAGUUUUUGAAAAUAUUUUCAUUUAAAAAUAAUAUUAAAAUAACAUUAAAAAUAAUGUUCUUUAAUCGUCAAGAACAUUAUUUUUUGAAGAGAUCAUGACCUAUAUUGGCUUGAAUAACUUCCUUUUAGAACGUAAAAGAUGUUUCCCCUUAAAGUAUCCCAAAGUUUAAAUAUUUUUGCAAUAUUUUAAAAAUGCUAAAACGAUAAUUUUUUUAUUAUAUCUUCUUUAUUAAAAAAUAUAAGAUAUUCUAAUUAAUUUUUAUUCCACAACAAAAAAUGAAAAAAAAAAUAGGUGUGAUAGAAUUUUAUGUGGUUUUCCUUUAUAUUGUACUGAAAUAUUUCACAAUUCAAACUUAUCCGUAUAGCGCUAAAGCCUAUACAGUAGUAUUUGCCGGCAAUUGGGGUGAAUAGGAAUGAAAAGGAUGAAAAGAAAAACGCAAAAUUUAUUCUUAAAUCUAAAUUCUGUGAGAUUAGGUCUGGUUCACAGUUGCGUAGCUAGAGAAGGUGCUUUGGCGUCAAAACUUUAGUUAGAAACGAAACUUCAAACGUUUAAAAGGAAAAGUCAAAUGUUUGAAAGAAACCGUCAAACAUUAGAAGAAAAAUUAAACGUUAUUAAAAGAAUAUAAAACUUUAAAACAAAAAUCAACAAGAAAAAGGAAAUAUCAAAUUAAAAUUAAACUUAAACUUCAGAUAAGUAAUGUUAAAAUGUUAAAACAAAAUUAGGAGAAAAACUAAGACGUAAAGUUAAAAACGUCAAACGUCAGAAUUAUAAAAUGUGUCAAAAACUGAUAAUUCGAAGGCAACAGCAGUUAAAUGGUUUAUUUAUCUUAAUUCUCAAGAAUCUCGACUUAAAAUUCGUUCUUUUUAACCAUUUUUAGCGAUUUUUCUGAUUAGUGAUCUUUUCUCUAAAUUAACUCUUUAAGGUUCGCGAUCAAUCAAGCAAGCUGAUUGAACUAAAAAUAAUUUUAUGGGUUCGUUUGAACACAAAUAAGACAUUUUUGAGAAAAAAAUCUUAACUUGAAAAUUUUCGUUUUUUUGUCCUUCCUGAUCCUGUGAGUCGUUGAGGACGUUCUUUUAUGUUCAUAAAACGGUCAGGGAUUGUAAAGAUAUAGUCUUGUACUAAUUUAGACUCAAUAUUCAUAAAAUAACUAUACAAAAUGAAACAUUUUCAAAAUCGAGCCUGACCCAAUGGACCUUAACCGUCCGUAUACUGUGACCAAAACAGUUACGCGCAUUACUAUUGGGGUAACUGACCGACCCCAUAGAAUUUUUCCCAAAAAAAAGCAACUUCUUUCGUUCAAAUGAGCUUUGAUAGACUCCUUGGUACUCCCUAAGAAAUCUUUUGUCCAUUUUAGAACACAAAAAUUAAUUUUUCAAUGGAUUUUUUGAUGAUUUUUUCAAUAAUUUUUUUGAGGUUAGAAUCGUCAAGAAAGAGACAAAGAGUGACAAUGGAAGAAAAACUGGAAGAAAUUUGACCGUUACACCGAUUUUUGAAUUCCCUCUUCUUACAUUUUUUUUAAUAACUUUUUUCCUGGUGGUCGGAUUGACCUCAAAUUUUUACACAAUCUUCUCAGAUUAUCAAGGAACUUAUUUCCAGAAGCUUGGUUCUAUAUCUCAAUAACUAAGCCGCAACUAAUUAAAAUAUAGCUCUGGGGUCGGUCACCUACCCCUCACAGUAUACGGAGGGUUAAAAUGUUAAAAUAAUAAUUCUUCAAACACCCCCUUUGAAUAAAUUUCUAACUACAACCCUGUUUGUUCAGAAGCUUUAUCUUCUUAGAAAGGAUUCUUCAUCAUAUAGAGCUUUUAAUAAUUUUUCUUUUCUUAUUCACCCCAAUUGACGGUACACAGUAAAUUAUAAGAUUAUGCGUGCAUUAAAACAUAUUUUAGACAUACAUAAUACUGCAAAAGUAUUCAAAAAAAAAAUUAGAAAAAUAUUCCAAAUAUUGAUAAAGAAUUUUUUAUACUCGUGCUUUUAAAUAAAAAUAAAGAAAUAAAAAAAAACGUAA